GACACAGAGCACGACAUUCCCUGGCCCCAGGACUCUGAGCCUGCGGUCAGAUCCCGGCUGGUGCAGGGGGGCCACGACCCAAGGAGCCCAGCCGCUGGGUGCUAAGGACCUGCUUUUCGAUGUGCCACAAGCGAAGGUAGCAGGGAGCGGCAGGGGCAGCGCCAGCACAAAGUCCUCGCUGUUCUCAGGGACAGCACACGCUGGUCUGGAGGAUGGAAGCAGAAACAUUCCCCAUGAGUCUGUGUAUUAUGGUCGCACCUAAAGGACCCAAUCCUAGCCUGGGCCCCUCCUUGUUUUAGGAUCUGCAAAGGAGAGCCCCUGCCCACACCGCUAACAAAUCCAGAGCCCAGCUGAAAGGUGGCUGGUUUGGUUACACACAUGACCCUGGGGCCAGCAGGAUCCUAUGGGGGGACGCAGUUUGGCAGUUGUGCCCAGGCCUCUCUCCCACCCCUCAGGGCAGUAGCAAGGCACUGACUACAUUUCUCGUUUCUGGUGUUUAUUUGGAGGCUGGUCACAGGACAGCUGGGGAAUGUUCUUGCUGCCCUAAGCAAACUGGCAGUUGAUAAAGCAAUCAGUCCCCGCACCCCUGCCCAGGGAGGCAGCCAUCCCAGCUGUGGGGAGGAUGGGGGGAGCUGUAGGAGUUAAAAAUGCAGAAAUGCUGGGGCUUGUGUAAGCAGCUGUGGGCUGUUGCAGAGGUUCUGGGCGGAGUUCUUAGCACACCAGCCUCUCGGGAAGUGGCUGCCAUCUCCACUCUGUCGAGGGCUAUCGUCCCCCUGCUUUGGGGCCAGAGCUGACCCCUCACUGGGCAGGGGUGGGUUGGAGGGCACAUUCUCUGGGGGCAGGUUAUCCCAUCACCGUCUCUGCAGCAGUGGGCGAUGGCCUCUAUUGAAGACUGGGCUAGAGGGACCCCAUGGCUGGUCCAGUCUGGCCAUGCACACAAUGCUGGGCGUUGUGAGUUUGCCAGGUCUCUGUGAGCACUGCUAAGGCCCUCUUCUCUCUCUGGAGGACCUGGGCUCUUGGUCAGCGUGGGGCGUGAGUGGGAGCUGCCCCAGCUCCCCUGUGGGAUGCUGGGAAGAUCCCACUCCAGCCCCGGCUAUGAUGCUGCAAGGCAGCCAGGUGCUGAGUGGGGAGUCUCUCACCAGCGCAUUUUGACAGGGCCCCUGGCCAGCCCUGCUCUGAGGAGCAGCCGGCAGUGACCCACACCCUGCUUCCCUGGGGGAAGGACUCCAAGGCUGGCGCUAGUUUGUUUGCUUCCCUCUGUGCCAUCUGCUGGGGACGGUGCGAGUCCAUGUGGUAAGCCCUGCUUCAUAAACAGUCUGAACAGAAAGAGCUAAUAAAGGAUUCACUGCCGGAGUCUGGCCCGCAGUUUGGCACCAUCCACGGCACCUUCUGCGGCUGUGUCUGCGACAUGCAUUGUUCACAUGUGUGACAGCUGAGGAAGCAGAGACGACUCCCACCCACGGAGCGCAGCAGUGGCCAGCCCACGCCUGGGUGGGGACAGCUUGGCACUGAAGCCCCAGCAGAGGAGGGUGAGCCACUGGGGAAGGCACCGGGCUGGGACUCAGGAGAUCUGGCUCCAACUCACAGCUCUGCCACAGACGCCUGCUGAGCCCUGGAGGCGCGGAUCCUGGCGCAGAAUGAGUGUCACCGAGCUGUAUGGUGACUAUGAUCCUGACUCGUACCCUAACUUCACUGCGCCCGACUUCGACACGCUGACUCCGCUGCCUUUCCAGCUGACCCCCGUCCUGUGGGCGUCUCUGGUUCUCUACUCUCUCGUCUUCCUGCUGGGCGUGCCGGGGAACGCGGCUGUCAUCUGGGUGACGGGCUUCAGGAUGAAGCGCACGGUGAACACCGUUUGGUUCCUCAACCUGGCGGUGGCUGACCUCCUCUGCUGCCUGGCGCUGCCCUUCCUGGCCGUGCCCGUGGCCCGCGGCAACCGCUGGGAGCUGGGUGACUUCGCCUGCAAGCUGCUCCCAUCCCUCACCAUCCUGAACAUGUUUGCCAGCGUCCUGCUCCUGACGGCCAUCAGCCUGGACCGCUGCGCCCUGGUGACCAAGCCCGUCUGGUGCCAGAACCACCGCACGACCCGGCUGGCCUGGGGCCUGAGCGGGGCAGCCUGGCUCCUGGCUCUGCUCAUGACCCUCCCAACCUUCAUCUUCCGGACGACGCACCACAAGGCAUUCUCAGACAAAGUGAUGUGUGUCAUGGAGUACGCUCCAGUGUCCGGUUACCAGACCGCCGUCGAGGUGUCCAUCGCUACCUUCCGCUUUGCCGCCGGCUUCCUGGUCCCCUUCGUGGUGAUUGCCACCUGCUACAGCCUGGUCCUGGCCCGUGUCCAGGGUAGCUGUGUGGCCCAAUGCCACAAGCCCACAGUCAUCGUACUGGUAGUGAUUGUUGGCUUCUUUGCCUGCUGGCUCCCUUGCCACGUGGUGGGGCUGAUCCUGGCCACCCACGCUCCCAACACCCGUCUGUACAAGCUGGCAGAUGCCACCCAGCCCCUCGUCGUCAGCCUGGCCUACGUCAAUAGCUGCCUCAACCCCAUCAUCUACGUGGGGAUGGGCCAGGGCUUCCGGGGCUUGGUGCAAAGCCUCCUGGCUGACAUCCUCCAGGAGGAGGGGGCAGACCUAGAGGGUGAGGGCCAGGUUCAGUUCACGUCCACAGGCAGUGGGCAAGCCACUGAGACAACGGUUUAGGUCCGUGGGGAUCCCCCAGCUCAGGAGGGACCAGGAGAGCAGGGGACUGGACUGAUAAGGCGAGAUGCUCGCAGCCUGGCUGCUGUCCAUUGUGGGAUGCUGAGAUUCUGUGCCUUGCGGGUACCGCAUCUGUGUCUUGAGUGGUCGCUUACCCUGGCUGGUGUUGUGGGGAGCUGAGUCUCUGGAGAGCCGGCUGGAGGGAGCAGUAAGAUCUGCUGCCCCGUGAACAUCCUGCAGCCCCUCAGGGAAGGGGCUAGCUCCGUAUUACCACUGAACUGCUCUGACUCGAAGCUCUGGGGACAAGGACCGUCUCUCUGUUCUGCAUCUGUAUGGUGCCACUGAAAUAGAGAUCACUAAUAAAUCAGAGCCUUGU